AUGCUAGGGCUAAGGCUUUAUCUACUCGAUAGUUAUCUCGAUCAAUUACUUGCUGAAAAUCAACGCUUGAAAGAGCUGUCCGUUACUUCGGCCGAUGUGACCGAGAUGAACGAUCCUCCCAAUUUGGAAAGGUAUGAACCCAACAUUAUCCUGAACGAGCAUAUGGAUGCACCAGACGCAACAAGUAUCCAGAACCCAAUAAUUGGGGAUCGCGCCUGGUUCCACAGAUACGACCCAUCUUCGCCGCCCAUCUACAUCGGCGAGGCAGCAUGUUCAGCAUUUGCGACUCGCCUUCGUCGUUUCCUCACGGGGAACAAUACUACUGCUCAUAUUACACGAACGCAGUGGGAGCGUGAAGAGACCAUUGCCGCCGCUGCUAACGAGGUUGACCAGUGGCCCAGUCUACACCAUGCCCGACUUCUGGUUAGGAUCGCGAUUCACCAGAUCGGGUAUCUGUAUCACCUCAUGAUGCGCAAGUCCACUCUGGAAAAACUAGAGGAAAUCUACCAGACCCGUGAUUUCGAUUGCAUUACGAACAAGUGCAAGUUCUUUGCCUUGUUCGCGUUCGGACAGGCCUAUUCUAUUCGAUCAGAGCCUAUGUCUGCCGUACGCGUGCCGGGCACAGCGUAUUUUGCACGGGCACUAAGUCUAGUGCAGGUCCUGCCUGAGCGGACAAGUAUCACCCAUUUGGAGACCUUGCUACUCCUAUCCUUGUUUUCCUACUACCUUAAUCGACGUCACUCGGCCUAUGUGCUUAUUGGAAACGCUAUGCGAAUGAGCUUAACAAUCGGCUUAAACCACAAUAUCCCUGAAUCCCAAAUAAUAGACCCUGUCGAGCGCCAGCAUCGCAUCGCGAUCUGGUGGACAAUCUACAUGUUUGACCGGACAUGGGGGUCCAAGAUGGGCCUUCCUAUGCAGAUACUAGAAGAAGAUAUUCACGUUGACAUGCCAACGACCAUCUCCCCACGCUGGCGCCACGAUGAAGAACUUUCUGACACAGCGUACAUGACAGCCAAUAUCAAUCUAGCACGAAUCGUCGGCGAGACAAUCACCAAGUUAUACAGCCGGCGCAAAUACCAAGAGACUUUUCUGCAGCGUGUGCAGAAACUCCUUAAAUCGCUAAAGAAUUGGGUGGACACCCUACCCGAAAGUCUGCGUAUCAAAAUGGAGGAUCUGGAAUCGUGCAAGAAACCGGUCGUCUCACUGCACAUGGCUUUUAACCAAUGUGUCAUAUUGACUACUCGCCCUACACUCCUCCAUCUCCUUAUCACACUUCGCAAAGACAAUACCACGAAUCCCGACCAGGAUCCGCUCUCCCAACCCGUUUUAACACUUAGUGAAGCGUGUAUACAUGCGGCUCGCCAUUCACACACGAUUAUUAUAAAGAGAUGGAUCACGGCAACCAUGCCUACAUUUGGAUACUUCCACGCACACUAUCUGUUUUCCUCAGCCUUGAUCCUAGCCAUGUCCAGCUUUGUACCCAUCGGCAACCCUAAUGACAUGAACAGUUUUGAUUCAGCGCUAGAUCUCCUCCGAUCCAUGUCUGAGAACGGUAAUCUCGCUGCGUCCGAAUUCUACCAUAACCUAAAAGAGGUUAAGAACUGUCUCGAUGCGUACCGAGGAACCAAUCAGCUACGACGCGAAGGAGAAGAGUCUGAGAAUAACCUUAAUGUUGGCUCUUUCAAUCCCGUACCUAGGUCUUCAACUUCCACCGAACCAGGCUUAGCCUCAGGCUCAGGCCCAGAGUCUAUGACUAGACUGGCCUCAACACUGUCCAUGUCCACUGUAGGAAACUUUCCAGGAAUAAUGACUGGUCCAGUGCUCGCGACGGAAAACGAUAUGCUCGCUCAACCGCACGGCCCUGAUCCUUAUGCUAGGGAUACUAUCAGUGGCUAUACGACUGCAAUGACGUUUUUAGAGCCGACUAUGCAGGAUUUUCUUGCGCAAUCUGAUAUCGAUCUUGGAUUAUUGCAUCCUGUAGAUACUUUCUUGAAUGAGGCCGAGAAUCUGUAUACGUGUCAUGAAUUUUAA